UUGUCCAGUUGAGUCAAUGAAGAUGUGCAUAGUAGAAUAAUGGAAGCCCCUGAAUACCUUGAUUUGGAUGAAAUAGAUUUUAGUGAUGACAUAUCUUAUUCUGUAACUUCUCUCAAGACUAUCCCAGAGUUACGUAGGAAGUGUGAUUCACAAAAUGAAGACAGAACAGUUUCCACUACUAACUGGAGCUCCGGAGUUUCAACGCUCCUUGGAAGUACACAAAAACCAACAGGCAUUGCAGACAUGUACAGUAAGUUCAGACCAGUGAAGAGGGUUUCCCCACUUAAGCACCAACCAGAGAACUCUGAAAAUAAUGAAAGCGAUGACCAAAAAAACCAAAAGAUGGAAUACCAGAAGGGCAGUGACUGUCAGCCUGCUGCUCAGAUUGGUGAUCAGAAUCCAGGCAGUGGAGAGACCCUUAAAACUAAAUGUGUGGAACCUGGAGUUUUGCUUGGUGAGCUGGAGCAUUACGAUCUGGACAUGGAUGAAAUUUUGGAUGUGCCUUAUAUUAAAUCAAGCCAGCAGCUGGCUGCUUUCAGUAAGGCAGCUCCAGAGAAAAGGAUUUUGAGUGUAUAUUCGACACUGAAUGGUCUGAGUGGCAAGCCGUGCCCUGUGGGAAGCAUCGAGAAGUCACCAGCAGGAACGACACAGUUGUGUGUUCUGUCUCCUGUGAAAAGCUCCCAGCUGAGGAAAGCGCAGCCCAUCCUUCCUGAGCAGCAUAAACACUUGACAGAAGAUUUAGAGUUCCCCCAGCCGCUAGUUAAAUGUGGCUCAGCUUCCGAAUCUGAAACCCAGACCAAGGGCUUCCUCAACAGGACGUUUCCUGAUAAAACUGAGAAGACUAUUCCUAAUUGUCAGUUAAGGGCUUUCCACCUGCAGGCAACAGUGCCGGAAAACAAACAUGAUGAACCAAACAGCAAUACGAACUGGAGCAACUCAGGAAGUUCAGAAGAGAAGGCUGAAGAUAUGAAAAAAAUCAAGAGCAUCUUAAAUAUUGUGAAAGAAGGGCAGAUAUCACUAUUGCCCCACCUUGCAGCAGACAACCUGGACAAAAUUCAUGAUGAAAACGGCAACAAUCUUUUGCACGUCGCAGCAUCACAAGGACAUGCAGAAUGCUUACAGCAUCUCACUUCUCUGAUGGGUGAAGACUGCUUGAAUGAGCGAAACUGUGAACAACUAACUCCAGCUGGGUUAGCAAUAAAGAACGGCCAGCUGGAGUGUGUGCGGUGGAUGGUGAGUGAAACAGAAGCCAUUGCAGAACUUAGUUGUUCAAAAGAUCACCCGAGCCUUAUUCACUAUGCAGGAUGCUAUGGGCAGGAGAAAAUCCUUCUGUGGCUUCUUCAAUUUAUGCAAGAACAAGGGAUUUCUUUGGAUGAAGUUGAUCAGGAGGGUAACAGUGCAGUACAUGUAGCUGCCCAGCAGGGGUACCUGGGAUGCAUACAGACUCUGGUUGAAUACGGAGCGAACGUCACUAUGCAAAAUCAUGCUGGAGAGAAGCCAUCCCAAAGUGCUGAGCGGCAGGGACACACCAUGUGCUCACGUUACUUGGUGGUAGUAGAGACAUGCAUGUCGUUGGCAUCCCAGGUUGUGAAGUUAACCAAGCAACUGAAAGAGCAGAGGGUCGAGCGUGUGACAUUACAGAACCAACUCCAACAGCUUCUGGAAACUCAGAGAUCAGAGGGCCAAUCACUGCCAACAUCCCCAAGUUCGCCAUCCUCACCCAGUUCUAUCAAACCUCAGUGGAAACCAUCUGAUACAGAUAACUUGCCUCUCCAGAAAAGCAAAUUAAAUACCCAUGAUGGGAUUCAGAUUCUUGGCAGUGGGGGAACUCCCCACCACAAUCGGCCCAAGAUGAAAGAUGAGGAUUCAGAUAAAAUCCUACGCCAGCUGCUGGGAAAAGAAAUAUCUGAGAAUGUCUGCAUGCAGGAAAAGCUGUCACUUGAAUUUCAGGAUGUGCAUGCUUCUAAAAAUACAAAGAAGAUUUCUUUGGAGAAAAAAGAGAUGAAACUAGCAAGACUGAAGCAUCUGAUGCAACGAUCCCUCAGUGAAUCUGAUACAGAUUCGAAUAAUUCUGAAGAUCAGAAGAACACACCUGUGAAAAGAACUGAUAAACCCAGGCCAUACCCUAUUGUGGAAAACAUUGAAAGCACCGAGAACUUGCACCUAAUGAUUAAGAAACACACUUUGGCAACAGGACGCCGGUUUCCUUUUGGGAUUGGAGCCUCAAAAUCCAUGGAUGGCCACAGCCCUUCUCCCACUUCAGAAAGCAGUGAUCCUGAUAAUGAAGCCCACUAUCAGUCGGGGACUGUAUCUCAGAGCCACGUCUUGGGAGACGCCUGCCAGUCUAGCUCUGAUGCCGCUACUGCUCACAAAGUGACCACAAGUCCCAAAAGUGCUCUCAAAUCUCCAUCUUCAAAGCGCAGAACUGCCCAGAAUUUAAAACUCAGAGUGACUUUUGAGGAGCCCGUGGUUCAGGUGGAACAAACUGAGGUUGUUUUAAAUGGAGAAAGGGACAAAGCGCAGUGUAAGGCUGGUCAACGGCCUCCGCCCGUCUCUGAAACUGGGGACCAGCAGAAACGGCCCUUUGGAACAUUUCGAUCCAUAAUGGAGACCCUGAGUGGCAAUCAAAACAAUAAUAAUAACUAUCAGACUUCAAGCCCAAUCAAGACCUCAUCACCCUUUACCUCAUUAGGAAGGAAAGCCACAGAUAGCAAGGGAAAUUCAGCAACAUCUGCAAAAGGAAAAACUAAGCCAGCAUAACAACAUCAACAGGAAACUCCAGCAAUCAUGCACCAAAAAGUGUGUUGAAGAAUCAGAGCAGCAAGAACUCUUUCUUUGACUCACAUCUCAUGGGGUUGAGUCUUCUUCCAAACAUGGCC